UCAGGCAGCACGAGCGUCCCCGGCGAUCAGUCCCAUCGGGUGCCAGCUCCCGCGCUCUGCGGCGGGUAACCCUUUGGAAUUUUCAAGAUGAAUUAUACAGAGUCUAGCCUAUUGGCAGAAACAACUGCCAUAGGUUUUACACCUGAGUUAGAGAGUACCAUACCUGUGCCUUCCAAUGAGACCACUUGUGAAAACUGGAGAGAGAUACAUCAUCUAGUUUUUCACGUAGCAAAUAUUUGUUUUGCAAUCGGAUUGAUUAUUCCAACUACUCUUCACCUUCAUAUGAUAUUUCUUAGGGUGAUGUUCGCUAUAGGAUGUACCCUUUAUAUCGUCUGGGCCACUCUCUACCGAUGUGCCUUGGAUAUAAUGAUCUGGAACUCUGUGUUCUUGGGUGUCAACAUUUUGCAUCUUUCAUAUCUUUUAUACAAGAAAAGACCGGUAAAGAUUGAAAAGGAACUCAGUGGCAUCUACCGGCGAUUGUUUGAACCACUCCGAGUGCCUCCAGAUUUGUUCAGAAGGUUAACUGGACAGUUUUGCAUGAUCCAAACCUUGAAAAAGGGCCAGGCUUAUGCUGCAGAGGAUAAAACCUCAGUUGAUGACCGUCUGAGUAUUCUCCUGAAGGGAAAAAUGAAGGUCUCCUACCGAGGACAUUUUCUGCAUAACAUUUACCCCUGUGCCUUUAUAGAUUCUCCUGAAUUUAGAUCAACUCAGAUGCACAAAGGUGAAAAAUUCCAGGUCACCAUUAUUGCAGAUGAUAAUUGCAGAUUUUUAUGUUGGUCAAGAGAAAGAUUGACUUACUUUCUGGAAUCAGAACCUUUCCUAUAUGAAAUAUUUAGGUAUCUCAUUGGAAAAGACAUCACAAAUAAGCUCUACUCAUUGAAUGAUCCCACCUUAAAUGAUAAAAAGGCCAAAAAGUUGGAACACCAGCUCAGCCUUUGCACACAGAUCUCCAUGCUGGAAAUGCGGAACAGUAUAGCCAGCUCCAGUGACAGUGAAGACGGCUUACACCAGUUUCUCCGGAGCACCUCCAGCAUGUCCUCUCUUCAUGUAUCAUCCCCACACCAGCGUUCCUCUGCCAAGAUGAAACCAAUAGAAGAAGGGGUGGAAGAUGACGACGAUGUCUUUGAACCGAUGACUCCAAAUACAUUUAAAGUCCGUCAGUUGCCUUGAUCAGAGAGAGAAUUCAAGUUACCAAGAUGGAAACGGUUUUGAAGAGAUCCUGGAAAACACCAGCACUUUUUCAUGGCUUUUAGGUUAUCCUGCUUUAGCACAUCCAGACUGGUAGCGUCUGAAGGCCGGAAAGUGAGGAAGGGUCAAAGAUGGAAAGGUUAUUUUAUCUAUCUUUUUAGUUGGUCAGAUUUUAAAGUAAUUGUUCUACUGAGCCUUCUGACUAAACCUUGUUCUAUUUUGAGAUAUGUAUUUUCACAGUAUUUUCUAGAUAUAUUAUUGUUUUAACUUAAAAAAUCUUAGCACUGUGUCCAUGCAAAUGCCUUUUCACUUAUUUUUCCAAGUGGCGGUUCUUUUUUCCUCACAGUUUUUUCUCCACCAUGGUAGUGGCGUUGUCCCUGUGAUACAAGUUUGAAAUUGAGGCUAAGGUAACGUUAAACAGCAGGGAAUCUUAGGCUUUUUAUUCAGUG